AUGCCAUAUCUGCUCCCCCAGACCCGCUCCACCUUCCUCGUCAACCCCCAGGCUCAGGACACGAGGCCUGCGACGAGGCAGAGCCCAGGCGCCAGCCAGAGCCAUUUCUUUUCGCAGCAGAGGACGGAAGGCAGGAGCGGCAGUGGAAGGAACAGCGUACGGAGGCAACAGGGCGUUACCCCAGCCAGCACCAUGGGCAGUGCCACGAGCUCGUAUAGCGCAGCCAUGCACCACAAGUCGCGCCCCACGUGCACAGUAUCCCUAGCCCACGUCUCUGCCGUCCCAUCGCCUUCAUUUUCUGCCUCGUCGACCCCACGUUCGUUGCAAGGCAUCGACGCAGACGCCGUGCAUAUCGACACCAUCGCACCCCAAGUCCAAGUCCAGGCUGAGCCUGCGAAUACCAUCCCAGCACCACCGGCCAGGCGCCCCUCAAAGAAACACCUCAAAAAAUCCGUCAUGAGCGAGAUCAACGUCAUCCCGUUCCCCACGUCCGCACAGACACCUUCUCCAAUCCACACAUCUCCAUCUCCAGGUACUCGGCGCGCUUUCGGUGCUAGACCCCUUCCUACGCCACCGACACCUCAUGCUUUGCUCCGCACGACGGCAUCGCGGCGCACCAACACCCAAGGGGCCUCUGCGACGUCAGGUGUACUCGAACACAUCGAGCUCACGCCAGAACACAAACCGCCAUCCUCCAGCAUGUCUGCGCCGCCGAGGAGAAGAGCGAGGAAAGCCAGUGCAUCACGGCCGAUUGUAUUCGCUAGGUCGGUGUCUGGGUCGUCCUCGUCCUCGUCCGGCUGCUCUCAGGGGUCCAAAUCUUUCACCUCCUCGGUUUCCUCAUCAGCGUCAUCGAGUGGGUCAGGCUCCGAGCCUUCUUCUCCCACGUCCUCUGUCUCGUCAGCCACUUCCAUCGAACAAGAACAAUCGGAAGAAGAUAAGCUGAUGGAGGUCGAUUUUCCGCCGCGGCCGGCGUCGCCUACACCCCAAGCUCAUCUCCAGGAUCAACACCUACAGGAUCGCCUACACAUCCUCGAUCAUCAGCAGCCAGGCAGGAAACGGGAGUCCAGCGAUCCACCUGCAUAUUCCACCCUUCCACCACCCUACUCUGACUUCCCCACAGAGAAGAAGAUUGAACAGGAGGUAGUUGCCCCCCAGCAGAAUGUUGAGAUCGUUGCCCCCAAGCCAUCUCGCCCGGCAUCGUCAUUCAUCGCACCUUCUUCGGCGCCAUCGGCGAGUUCAUCGGCGAACACCACGAGGAGGAUCCAGCGUAUCCCACCCUCUGAGCUUCGCGUCCUCGUGCAGCUCUACAGGACGUUAGUCCAUGGGUUGGAGGUUAGAUACAGGGCCGAUUCCGCCUCGUCUGCCACUAUCGCCGCUUCCUCUUACGGUGCUCCCUCUUCGGUGUACGACAACGGUCGUGGAAGCUCGUGUACAGCCAAAGAAAAGGAAAGAGAGCGGCCAGCGAGGAAGGUUCUCGGGCCUAGGCGUACACUAGUCGUUCCCCCGACGCCAUCAACGUCUCCGAUCAAACCAUCGUCGGUUCGGGCGUCGAUUUCGAUCCCUUCCAGUACUGCGUCGAGGUUUCCUUUAGUCGAGGACGACGACGAUUCCCCUGUGCUCGCUUCCCCGAUUCCAGUAAUGGGCAGCUCAACCAGGAACCUGCACGCGGACCGUUCUCCUCGUCGGUCGCCCUACGUCUCUCCUUCAUCUUCGCCCCCACCCCGCUCGCGUCCCUGCACCCCAACACCGCCUCCCAAGAAAGAGAAACGCAAGUCGAAGGAGGCUUUGGCAGCAGCCCUCGAUGUGCAAGAUGCCCUUCUUGCCAUCCGCUUACGAGGCUUCCUGAAGGCCCAGGGUGUGCAGGAAGGCGAUCUCGAGGUCUACGUCGAAGAGACCGGGGUGACUGUUGGUGGGGAAGGGAAGACGAGGGAGGAAAGGGAGCGUGACGAGCUCGGCGCCCUUAUCGACGAGUACGCCAUGGAUACGGAGGACGAGGAGGAUGGGAAGGACAAGACGAAGGAAGUCAAGCAUCGCAGGGAGGGUCCGUUAGUCGAGGAUGAGGACGACGUACCAGUUUCUUCACCGCCGCCACCACCCCUACGACGCAGGCCUGCACCUCUGCUCCAUCCCUUAUCGGCGUCGACGGCACCAUCCCAGCGCCUCUCCUCGCCACCCCCACAGCCCCCAACUUCUCCUACGCUGCCUCCGGGCGAACACAAACCUGUCGUCGCCACACCCCGGAUGAUUGCCUUGCUUACGAUGAGGCAUCGUUACACUGUCGCGGCCCGUCGGGCGAGUGAGGUGCGGGCGAAGGAGAGAGAAAAGGAGCGCGAGGCAGGGUUGGAAAGGGAGUUUGGUGGUAAAGACAAGGCGGUCGAAGGAGGGGCAGGAAAGAAGGGAAGAAAAAGCGGGUUGAGAGUUGUGUGGGUAGAAGAGCAGGAAGAGGAAAUAUUGGUUGAGGAUUGGUAG